GGGCUGCAGACAGCUUUGGACAUGUGCCUGCAGUCUUUCAGGCCACCGCCUAGGAAAACACCCAGGGGACGAUGGACUCCCCGAUAGUGACCCAGCUGUUCCGGCGGCUGUUUAGGCACCAUCCGAGUUGCCAAUCGCGACGGAACCUGACGACGCUUGCGACUGCGCUCCGAGAUGUGCGCCGACAGCGACUCUGCGAGCAACACCUUCAACGCUCAGUUCAGAUUCAGAAACACCACCAACACCGCCGCACCUAUGCGGGUCGCGGCCGCGGUGGGGCUGAUGCCGGCACGCCGCAGAGCGAGAGCAAUUGGCAGCAGCGCACCGAUCUCUUCCAGCAGGACAUGUCGGAGGAGUUCCAGAGAUAUCCGAUGGUGACCGCCAUGGACCUCCGCGGGCGAAAAGAGAGGCCGCGCCGGGUCAAGAUGUUCAUGCGGGACUUCAUAGAAGACAGCCUCUACAACCCCAGUUACGGUUACUUCUCCAAACAAGUCGUCAUCUUCUCGCCGGGCGAGCCCUUCGACUUCCCUUCCCUGUACGAUGAGCUCGACUUCCACGCCCUGCUCUCCCGCCGAUACAUCGAGUUCGAAGAUGCCAUGGACGCGGUCUCCCCGAGCGACACCCGUCAGCUCUGGUACACGCCGACGGAGCUCUUCCGCCCAUACUACGGCGAAGCUAUUGCGCGCUAUCUCGUCGCCAACUACAAACUCACCACAUACCCUUAUCACGAUCUGAUCAUCUUUGAGAUGGGCGCGGGCCGCGGCACCCUCAUGCUCAACAUCCUCGACUACAUCCGCGACAUGGACCCGGCCGUGUACAACCGCACGAAAUACAAAAUCAUUGAGAUCAGCACCCAGCUGGCUACCUUGCAGAGCUCCCAGCUGAUGCAGUCAAGUGCCGCGAAGGGGCAUGCGGACAAGGUGGAGAUCAUCAACCAGUCCAUCUUCGACUGGACCAACACCGUCCCGUCACCCUGCUUCUUCCUUGCCUUCGAAGUCUUCGACAAUUUUGCGCACGACAUCAUCCGCUACGACCUUGCGACGCAGAAGCCGCUGCAGGGAAUAGUCCUAAUCGAUGAGAACGGCGAUUUCUACGAGUUCUACACCCCGCAGCUAGACCCGGUCGCGGCACGCUAUGUCCGGGUACGGGAAGCAGCCACGGGAGGCCGGUACAAGGUCCCGUACCCGUCCACCCGCCUGGGCCGCUGGCUAGCGACGCAGAAGCCGCUGGCGCCGAAUCUUAGCGACCCGGAGUACAUACCCACGCGCCUGAUGCAGUUCUUCGACGUGCUGGGACGGUACUUCCCCGCACACCGGCUCUUGACAAGCGACUUCCACUCGCUGCCCGGCGCGGUGAAGGGACUGAACGCCCCGAUUGUGCAGACACGCUUCCAGAGACAGCCAGUGCCCGUCUCCACGCCUCUGGUUCACCAGGGGUACUUCGACAUCAUGUUCCCCACCAACUUUCUCACCGCAGAGGCCACAUACCAAGCCAUCACGGGAAAGCUGACACGCGUGCUCUCUCACGAGCAAUUCAUGCGUAGAUGGGCAUACGUCGAGGAGACGGAGACACAGAGCGGUGAAAACCCUCUGCUGACCUGGUACAAAAAUGCUAGUGUGCUGUAUACUGUGUAAUCAGAUGAAUGAAUACCGCAUACCUGUCCGGUCACGAUUGCGAGCCGAGGUUGAAGUCACCAGUUACUGCUCCCAAAAACCCCAGAAUUGCUCCAGAUUCUGUAACUCAAUUCUCCAGUCUUAAAACUGCAAGCAAAACUUGC